GACUGUUAUAUUUUGUUCAAAAAUGUAAUACCGACCUUACCAGAUAUACCAAUUUCAAUGAUUUUAUACUUAAUUUUAAUAAGUGUUAAGAAAUUAACAUAUCCUUUUAAACAGCUGCUUAAAAUUCUAUAUUUCCGGAAUUCACAGAAAAAAGAUUUUGUUUUGAUUACCAGUGGUGACAGUAGUGGAUGAUGAAUGAGUGUGUCACACGGAAACACUGAGGUUACUUCCUGUGUCAAACAACUGUAAUAAUUUAUCCCAAAAAAGUGUAUUAAAAACGUCCGAUACAAUGAAGAAUCUGGAUUAAUAUUACUAAAAGAAAAUAACUUGUUUUUAAAACCUGAUUUGCUGCAAUGGAAAGCAACUUAGUUGGUGAAGUAACCUUCAACUGUGAUCAAACCGUUGAAACGUUCAAGUGUAAUCUGUGUCAUUUUAAAACAGAUUUGAAGACUGUUUUGCAUUAUCACAGAUACUUGCAUCAUAAUUCGGAAGAGACACGUAGAAAAAUUGCAAAAUACAAAUGCCGCAAGUGCGAUUUUACAACAUAUUCAGUUUUAUUAUGGUUCAAACAUAAUGUUAGAAAAAACUUGGAUAUUAAGGAUUUUACUAAAGUCUACAGAUUUGAAUGCACAUGUUGUCCUUUCAAAGCUGUUUAUAAGGUGUCAUUGCAUCUCCACAUCCUUAAUAAACACACUUCAUCUGAACAAAUCACAUGGUUUCAAUGUGAACAUUGUGAUUUCAAAACUAAACUAAAGGCAUCAUUAAUAAGACACACCAGUUUAAAACACACACUUAUUGAUGAAUCACAGUGGUUCAGUUGUGAUUUGUGCAAAUAUAAAACACAACAAGAAACGAAUUUAAAAAGACACAAAAUUUACAAUCAUUCGCAAGAUAUAGCCAUGUAUGAGUGUACGAAAUGUACCUACAAAACAAAACAUCGAGGUUCAUUGAAAUGUCAUGAAUUAAGACAUCAUGAUGAUGCUCAGUGGUACAGUUGUGAUUACUGUAACCACCGAUCGAAAAUCAAGAAAGAUUUGUUGAGGCACAUUCAAUUACGACACACUGAAAAUACUUCGAAAGCGAGAAAUGAGUUCUCUUGCACUUUCUGUACGUACAAAACUUUGUAUCAGCAGUCUUUAAAGCAACACAUCGUUGGACAUCACACUGCACCUGAAGAAAUCCAAUGGUUUGAAUGUGAUCAAUGCGACUACAAGGGAAAACGCAAAGACUAUCUUAAUGUUCACAAAAAAAUGCAACAUUCUAAUAUUGGUGUUAAGGAAUUGCCGUGCAAUAUCUGUUCGUUUAAAACAACAAAUCAGGAGGCAUUAGAGAAACACAUCUUUAGAAACCAUUCUUCAGUGAAAUUACAAGAGUGUCCUCAUUGUUUUUUUACCACGAGGUAUCGGACACUUCUAAAUCAGCACAUAAUAAGGUUACAUACUGACGCCGAAAAGAUUGAAUGGUUCAAAUGCUCUCAUUGUGAUUAUAAAGGAAAAGUUAGAGGAAAUUUGCUGAGACAUCUUAGAGCAGUUCAUAGAAGUGUUGGGAAUAAAACGUUUAGUUGCGAUUUGUGUGAUUACAAAUCAAAUAGAAAAAGUAAUCUUAAAAGGCAUAAGUUUAAGCAUUUCACAAAAAAAGAAAAGAUGUAAAUUUGUGUCUUGUUUUUUUUUUUUAAUAAACAUAUUUUUGUAAU